CGUCAUGCACCGCGCUGUUGCCACUUGAGUUUGAUAACCAUUUCAUUUAGUGAAAGUUCAUGAACACAUAUAUAUAUUUACCGGAAUGCUGCUAAUAUUUGUAUUUUAACCGAAGUGUAGUUUGAACAUUAAGUGUUAGCAAGCGGAAAGUAGCUCAGACUGAGGGCAGCGGAAGUUAGCGUUGUAGUUCGUAACUAAGGCAACGAAGACUGAAGGGACUCGCGGGAGAUUAAACACUAAAAUGAACGACUUCGAACUGUUUAGUGUUAGUGUGUGACUACCUGUAAUCUUUUCUUGAGCAUGGAGAGACUUACCUUGGGAAAAGAAAGGCUCGUAGCACCGACCGACUUCACCUCACCAGCGGUUCCAAGGACUUUCCAGGAGGACCUUGUCCCCCCCUCGCAUUUUGCAUCAAGUGUCCAGUCUUCUGCAGCACACAGAGGCGUUCAAAUCCCUGCAGCAACGCCACCCAUCUGCUGGGUAAACUCAGGUGUAACAUCAGUAUCCUCAGUCGAUCCCGCUCCUGCCAAUCCAUGGCUGGCCAUCACUCAGGCCCAACAGGAAAUCUUGGAACUGAAGAGGGAAAAUCAGAGGAUCUUGAUGCUACAAGGAGGCACCAUAAGGAGCGGGAUCUCUGCAGAUCACCUGUCAGACAUCAGGGCAAGAUCUAUAGAGAGAGGUGAACAGUGGUCCAAAUGGGAGUCAGAUUGGCGGCUGGAGGCAGAAAAGUACAAGGCUGAAGCUGAGAGAUUGAAGGGACAGGUAGAGGCUCUGAAGGAGACUGCAGGAAGAUACAGGGACGAGAUGAGAGAGACAGACACUUCUCUGAAGAGAAACAGCCAUGAAUUGGAAGCAGUGCAUGAAGAGCUGACAAAGACUAAGACUGAACUCAGCCAAAUCAGAGAGGAGCUCAAUCUCAGCAGUGCACAGAAAAAGGAAAUAAGCUCACAGCUUGAAAGACUCAAAGCAGACUCUGGUGAGGAAAUUACGAAACUGAGGAGAGGUGUGGAGAGGAGCAAAGAGGAAUCCCAGGAGCUUGCUUUAAAGGCUGAAAUGUCCAAGCUGCAGGCUGAAGAGGAGCACAGACAGCAGACACUCAGACUGUUAGAACAACUGGAGGAAAUGCAGAAGAAGCAGGACACGGAGCUGCAACGGUUGAAUGCAUCCCAGUGUGCAGAGUUGGGUGAAGCAAGAAAUACAAACAGGGAACUACAGGACAGACUUCAGUCAAUGACCUCAGAGGUGCUGCAGCUAAAAAGCAAUCUGAAGGAGGCAUGUACUGAGAGAGAUGGGCUGAAAGAGCAUUUAAGCCAAAUGGGACAAGCUUUUGAGACACAAUCUGCAACACUGCACAGCCUCAGAAAUUACAUCGGCCAGCUUGCCCCGGAGAAGGGAGAGAAGGAACGAUUAAAUGAAGUUGUUGAGAGACUGAACAAAGAGAAAGCAGUUCUUCAGACGACCGCAGAGCUUCUGACAGUCAGGUUUAACUCUAUAAAUGAAAUACUUGCCCUCCAGGAAGAGAAAAUGGUGAAGAAGAGCUUGACCGAUCCACUUGUGAAGAAUGGCUCUGAAGGCCUUCAAGUGCUUCAGCUCUGGAGAGAGAAAGUGUUCAAGUUAUGCGUCCAACUUCGCUUAAAAGACAUCGAGCUAAGACGAGAGAAGGAUAAACUUCUUUCAAAAGUCAAAUCAACAGAGCAGCAGCUCCAGCAGGAGCAGCACAGCGCUAGUGUGCUCCAGCACAGCCUACAUGACAGGAUAGCUGAGCUGGACCUGGAGAGAGUGGAAAAGGAGACAUUGAAACUGGACUUGGCAAAGGUUCAUAAAGAAAACGCUUAUCUGAAGUCACAGACCCAGAGAGCAGAGGGCGAACUUAAAACCUUGACGGAGGCAGUGCAUAGGUUCAAUCAGGGAUUUGAAAGCAAAGUGGCAGAAGUGGAUGCAGCUAAAGCAAAGCUCAACACUUUCACCCAGAGGUUAACUUUUGCAAAAAGACGAGUGGAGACUAUCCAAGGUUUGCUCAUGAGGAGGGCAGCUCUACAGAAAGUUGAGCAGGCCUGUAAGCAGGGAGAACAGGCUGCUGAAAGCAUCAGAAACCUUGAGAUGGAGCACAGUUUGGUGUGCGAAGAGAGAGACAGACUUACUCAAGAGCUCAAAAGAACCCCAGAGCUGAUCGAGAAAGCUCUGGCUAAUCUGAAAGAACAAUACGAAGGUAAAGCCAGGCAGCAGCAGCAGGAGCUGCAGCAGAGCUUGGUGGAGGUCCAGCAGGCUGUAGCUGACAGAGAGAAGGCUGAGCAGAGCCUGCAGCAGAUCCAGGGCCAGCUGGAGGAGCGAAAUGUCAGUCUGGAGAAACUACGCCGUGAGCUGCUCAGCCAGGAGGAGCAAAGCAAGCAGGCCCUGAAGGAAAGAGUGUCUGAGAUUGAGGACCAGUAUGCUGAGAAGCUGAGAGAGAUGGCAGUUCAAGUCAAUACGGCCAGGAGAGAGCACACCAAAGCAGUUAUGACUUUGCGGCAGUUUGAGAGAGAGGCUACAAGAAAACAGGAUGAGAGGAAAGAAACUCAACGUUUGGAGAGUGAAAACAAAAAGAGGGAUCUCCUCAAAAAACAACUGAAGGAGACGGAAAUGGACAAAAGCUUCCUGCAGGUCACUGCUGAUGAGAGAGGACUGAUAAGAGAGUACACAAGAGCUCACAGAACAGCUGUUCCCCGGAAACAGAAUUCUUCAGAGAGGAGCUGCUCUACAGGAGCAAAGGUCCAACUACCUGCAGAUGAGAGACUCCUGUGUGUUUUGGAGGAGCUCCAUACUCUCAGUGCUGCAGUGGCAAACAGCUCCGAGGACUCUGCGGAGGAGGAAGGACAGAGUGACAGCGUGGGACCGUCCACAGGCAGUCUGCACAGCUGAUACCUGAGGAUGAGUCACUGAAGCCGCCGAACACACCUUGAAUUUGUACAAAAGGUGGGCGGUAUAGAUGCUUAAGGAGCAAAAGAAAUACAGCUACAGGAAAUGAUUUCAUAAAGCUAAACCUUGCAAAUUCAUGCAUGUCACAUUGCCACUAAUUGCAGAACGAGAAUAACAACUAUCUGGUGUGGGCACAGUAUGUGUGCAUUUAACACCAAUAUAUAUUCUGCAUCUGUCUCCAGAAUUACUUGCAUGUACUGGUCAUACUGGAAAUACAUUGCUGCUUAGUCACCAAUUCAUAAGGUACACAAAUAUAUUAAAUCAUCACAAACACUUGUCAACUAUUGUCGAAAAAGGUUUAAAUGUUUACAUGAAAGUCCAGAGUUUUAUCUGCAGGAUAAUCUAGAUUUUAAUCGUCUUGCCAGGACUAUAUACUCUCAGCAUUUCUCAUAAAAUUGUUAAAAAAACAAAAAGUUUUUAAUUAAUCUUAAAACUGAAGCUCACUGUUUUGUGCAGUACAUUGUGUAUAAUUUAGUAAGUUUGCUGGAGCGGUGUAGCAUGUAAUAAAACUAAUGCAGCACGGGAGCUUUACACAAAACAGAAGACAGCCAUCCUUUAAAGCCUCCCAGUUCAGUGAUUUCACCCCUGAAACUAAUCUCUCUGUAUCAAAGUUGCAUAUUUCUUUACUUAUUUAUUCUAUGAAAAUAAUCCCUCCAUGCUUUAAAAUGGCGUAGAUGUAGCUGUACACCACUGCGUCCUUUAGAACGUGCAGAUCUAUGAAGUCCUUACUUCUAUUACCACUCACCCCUCCACUGCUUACUGCAGCUUGAGAACACCAGCUCACCUGAGACUCUGCUCAGACACUAUGAAACUGCUCUGUGCUACAUGAUGUCAAAGUGUAACAUCUGAAUAAAUCAGCCAUACAUGUUUUGAGUGGAAACCGGUUCUCAAGAAGAAGAAUAAUACAGAAAUUCCUACCCUGUAAGUUGACUCAAUUGUUUUUUUUUUUUUUUUUUUUUUUAAACGUUUGCUACAUAUGAAACCCUGGGCAUCUCAAUCCAUGUUUUUGAGACUGUUAUCAGUACACUUCACUUUUUUUGGUCAUUCCUAUGACAGUUUUUUUUUUCUCAUGAUGUGCUCCAACAUAUGGAAACACCAGGAAAAGGGGGUCAGCCGUGAACUCAUUAAGCUGAAAUUAACAUGCAACCAAAAGUGUUUUCCUCUCACUAUUCCCAGCGUGUCUUCAUAUGACAACAUUCUAAUCAUUUUAUCAGAUUAUUUUUCACAGUGGGGCAUUUGGGAAUCUUCUAAUUUCACAAUCCAAGUCUUGCAGCUGUGACAAGGCCAACUUUUAAAGUGCUAAAUUUGUUACUUUGUGUGAGCCAUCCCUUACAGUACCUGCAAUAAAUGCAAAUGAUAUGAUAAAAUGGAUGUUAUGAAAAUUACAGAGCUAAUAUGUUACUGGAUUUGUCAGAUUCAGUGUUUUUUUUCCCCCCGUAUCAGCAUGGAGAAGCCUGUCUGACGAGCACUAAGCAGUCAUAAUACUUGUUCUGCUAAUCGGUUAUGUUGACGUUUAUGUGAUGGUCCAAUUUUUUCUUUGCUGUUCAGAGACUGGUGACAUUUUUUUAGUGCACUCCAUAAUAAAGCAUUUUCAUUUAAA